AUGCAAAGUUGCAAUGUCAAGGACAAACAACAAAUUUGGUUAUGGCAUCGUCGCUUGGGACACCCGUCGUUCGGCUACCUUAAACGUCUAUUUCCAUCUUUAUUUCGUUCUUGUGAUAAGUCCAGUUUUAAGUGUGAGACAUGUAUUUUGGUCAAGAGUCAUCGCACUGUGUUUCUUUUGAGUGACAGUAAAGCUGCAAAACCUUUUAAUUUAGUACAUUCAGAUGUAUGGGGACCUGCUCGUGUGACUUCUAAUGGUUUUCGUUGGUUUGUUACUUUUAUUGAUGACUGCACUCGCUUAACAUGGGUGUAUUUGAUGAAGAAUAAACAUGAUGUUGCUUCUAUUCUUUCUGAAUUUUGUGCCAUGGUGUUUACUCAGUUCCAUGUUCAAGUCAAAGUGUUUCAGACUGAUAACAGAGCUGAAUAUGUGAAUAAUCCCUUGACCCAUUUUUUCCGUGAUCAAGGCAUUAUCCACCCGACUACUACUCCAUUCACCCCUCAGCAGAAUGGUGUCUUUGAAGGCAAGAAUCGUCAGUUACUUGAAGUUGCCCGUUCUCUUCUGUUGGACAUGUCUGUUCCCCAUCAUCUUUGGGGUCAUGGUGUUUUGGCUGCAGCCUAUUUGAUUAACUGUACUUCUAGUUGGGUUCUUGAUUUCAAGACUCCGCUUGACGUAUUGUGUGCCCAUACUUCUCUGGUCUCUGUCUCUAAGUUGCCUCCGAAGGUGUUUGGGUGUGUUGCUUACGUUCAUGUCUACUCUCAUCAACAGAGUAAACUGGAUCCAUGUGAUCUUCGCUGUGUCUUCAUUGAUUAUUCUACUACUCAGAAGGGUUAUAAAUGCUAUCAUCCUCAUACUCAGAAAGUGCAUGUUAUUUUAGACGUGACUUUUCAUGAAGAUGUACCGUAUUAUGUUUCUCCCUCCUCUCCAAAUCAAGGGGAGAGGGGGAGUAAAUUGGGGAGUCUAGGAUUACAGGAUCUUGAACUUAGAGAUGUGGGUGAGGAUGAUACAAAUGAUGAUCUCGGAGAGAAAAUGACCUAUCGUCGAGUAGAUAGUGCCUGGUCGCACAGGUCUGAAGCAGAAGAGGACACAUUCUGCCCAGAAACGACCGGUCGCCCAAAUGGGCGCGACUAG